AUGCUUCGCGGUGCAGGCCGUCUCGCCCAGGUUUCUCGUUGCUCCUGUAAGCAGGCUGCUCGAAAGUUUCAUUCCGAACGCUAUUCCAAAAGCGCAAACAGCGCACUCCUCUAUGCCGCCGCCACCGUGACUGUUGGCGCGAUAUGGUAUUCUACACACUCGGUCAUUCACAACGACGCAUCUCCAGCUGACGAUGUCGUCCAAAAGAAACUUUCUGGGAUAAUACAUCGCUCGGAUUCCAAGGUGUCCAGUAGUGAUAAGCUCGGGUUAGAUACUCUCGUAUGGGGCUCAAACAAGGCGCAUAUCUUAGCUCUAGACAAUGAGACCCUCGACUCCAUCCGCACUCCCGCAACCGCCGCCUGGCUCGACAAUGUCGCCCUGCGCGAUCUGGCGUUGCAUGAACGGCAUGCAGCAUGUGUUGAUGCACGGGGAGAUGUUUAUCAGUGGGGAGAUGGCUUCAGUAGCUGCGUGGAGUCGUCUUCAGGAAAGCCUAUGCGCACGUUGCGCGGGAUGAAUAUCGUUCGGAUUCAAGUCACGCCUUCUCGCGUAUUUGCGUUGUCGGCAUCAGGCCGGAUUUACGUGCUGUCUUCGUCUGCUCAGCAACAGACGCUACCACCCGGUACGCCGACACCAACUAGUUCGCCCUGGUGGGGUACUGGAUGGCUUUGGGGUGACGAGGAAGGAGUUGAUUUUGCGGAGGUCACACCACAUGAAAAGUUGCAUUGGGGGGAAAAGUUUGUGUCUAUAGCUGGUGGAAGCGACCAUCUUCUUGCCCUAACAUCCUCGGGUCGCACGUUCGCACAUCCUAUCACGUUGAACGCGAAUAGCUAUGGACAACUUGGCCUUCGCAAGAUCGACGUACCUGCACCUGCUUCUGCGUCUCAUCCGCACUUGCCACACGGUCACAGGCGCGUCCAGCUCGAGUUAACGCCCAAGUCGAUAGCAGAUCCGUAUGCGAAGUCGAGUCCAGCCACCCGGCCGGUUUCGCCUCCGGUCGAAAAAUCUGCAGACGCAAGUGAUUUCGGGCUGGAUGACAGAGGCCUCAAUUUCUCAGAUAAGCUAUUUGAGAUUCCUGCACUGCGUGGUGUACAGGUGGACAGCAUAGCCGCUGGAUCGCGAAGCAGUUUUGCGAAGACGGCGGGGCGUGUGCUUGGUUGGGGUGCAAAUGAAUUUGGGUGUGUAUCGUCAUCUCCAUUGGUUGCAUGCCCGGUCUUUAUCAUGAAGAUGCACAGACAAAUCGGCCUGGGGAGCCAGGUGACGCUGGAUACAAUCACAGUGCCUACGGAGGUUAUCCUAUGGAGGUCGACGCCCAGUGCGAUGCGGACGACGUGUCUUGACGUCUAUGCAGGUGGCGACCUUACCUUCUUCAAAGUCGAGCGAUCAGAUGGAACCGCAAUGCCAUACAUCGACGUCCUCGCCUGUGGCAAUGGACAAUGGGGUGGGCUAGGGAACGCCCAAUUCAGCAAUGCGCAGAGCACGCCUGUGCGUGCCCGGAGCGUCAGCGGUCUUCUUGAAUAUAGCGAGAAGCACAACAACCUGCAGGCUAUCAUGCCCAGUGAUAUUUCCGUUUCACCAACAGGGCACGUUUUGCUGACACUAGAUACGCUCGUGCACGGAGGUCCCGGUGCUGCCGGACGGGAUGUCAUGGCAUGGGGAGCUAACUAUGAGUACCAGCUGGGCAACGGGAAGCGGGGCAGUGUUUCGUCUCCGGCUGUGAUACAGGAUGGAGAUGGCGAGCGACUCAUGCUGCAGAAGCGACGGGCUACAGAAGUCAGAGACCUGCAGGGGAAGAUAUGGAAGAAGGGCGUGGAGGUCGAGCAGCGGGCGGUGGCGGGGUGGGGGAACAGUUUUGUCUACUGGAAGAUUUGUUCGUAA